UAUACAUAGUCUAAGAGCUCCACCAUUCUUCAUCUCCUUCCUCUUUUGUAACCAUCGUUUCUUGAUUCGGCGGCAGCUCUCUCAUUCAUCAAUCUUCGUCUUUUCAGGUUAUUAGUUUAAAAUGGGAAAAGAGAAGACUCACAUCAACAUUGUGGUCAUUGGCCAUGUCGACUCUGGGAAGUCUACCACCACCGGACACUUGAUCUACAAGCUUGGUGGUAUCGACAAGCGUGUUAUUGAAAGGUUCGAGAAAGAAGCUGCUGAGAUGAACAAGAGGUCAUUCAAAUAUGCCUGGGUGUUGGACAAACUCAAGGCUGAGCGUGAACGUGGUAUCACCAUCGAUAUUGCUUUGUGGAAGUUCGAGACCACCAAAUACUACUGCACCGUUAUUGAUGCCCCUGGACAUCGUGAUUUCAUUAAGAACAUGAUUACUGGUACCUCACAGGCGGAUUGCGCUGUUCUCAUUAUUGAUUCCACUACUGGUGGUUUUGAAGCCGGUAUUUCGAAGGAUGGGCAAACCCGUGAGCAUGCUUUGCUUGCGUUUACUCUUGGUGUCAAGCAGAUGAUCUGCUGCUGCAACAAGAUGGAUGCCACCACCCCCAAGUACUCCAAGGCAAGGUAUGACGAAAUUGUGAAGGAAGUUUCGUCCUACCUCAAGAAGGUUGGAUACAACCCUGACAAAAUCCCAUUCGUCCCCAUCUCUGGUUUCGAAGGAGACAACAUGAUUGAGAGGUCAACAAACCUCGACUGGUACAAGGGUCCAACCCUCCUCGAGGCUCUUGACUUGAUCCAGGAGCCCAAGAGGCCCUCGGACAAGCCACUCCGUCUUCCACUCCAGGAUGUGUACAAGAUUGGUGGUAUUGGCACUGUACCUGUUGGACGUGUUGAGACUGGUGUACUCAAGCCUGGUAUGGUCGUCACUUUUGGCCCAUCUGGAUUGACCACUGAAGUUAAGUCUGUGGAGAUGCACCAUGAAGCUCUCCCAGAGGCUCUUCCCGGCGACAAUGUCGGAUUCAAUGUGAAGAAUGUUGCUGUCAAGGAUCUCAAGCGUGGUUUCGUUGCUUCCAAUUCAAAGGAUGAUCCUGCCAGGGAGGCUGCCAACUUCACAUCUCAGGUCAUUAUCAUGAACCACCCAGGGCAGAUUGGCAAUGGUUAUGCUCCAGUGCUGGAUUGCCACACCUCUCACAUUGCCGUGAAGUUCGCUGAGAUUCUGACCAAGAUCGACAGGCGAUCUGGUAAAGAACUUGAGAAGGAGCCCAAGUUCUUGAAAAAUGGUGAUGCGGGUAUGAUUAAGAUGGUUCCCACCAAGCCCAUGGUGGUGGAAACCUUCUCCCAGUACCCACCUCUUGGACGUUUUGCUGUGAGGGACAUGAGACAGACCGUGGCUGUGGGAGUCAUCAAGUCGGUCGAGAAGAAGGAUCCAAGUGGUGCCAAGGUUACCAAGUCCGCAGUGAAGAAGGGUGGAAAGUGAACCGUAGUGGGAAAACCUCAGCUGGGUCUGCCUGAGGUUUACAAGUAUAAAUGUCGAAAUAAAGACCUGAUGGUUUUUCGUGGUGGUGGUGGUGCUGCUUUAUCGAGUCUUUUUAUCUACUUUUGUGAUUAUAGUUGUUGGCGUUGGUCAUUAUUAGGUACCCAGUCCCAGAAUUGGGUGCUUGAUAGACGGUGGCGCAGCUAUAUGGCUCAAAACGUCUUUUUUUGUGUUUGUUGUUUGGUCUUCUGCUCUUAUCGCCCUGUUUCUCUAAAGUUUUCGAGUUCUAUGUUUCUGCUGAGAUACUCGUAAUAUUACUAAACACUAAAUGUCGUUGCUUAUAUUGUCCUUUCUGAA